CUGACACAGGGAGAAAGAAACAGAUUGAGAACGGGAAGAGGAAUGAAAAUACAUCAAACAUAAAUAAAGCGAAAUCAAAGCAAUAGGAUAGAUUGAGAGAAAGGAGAAAGAAGAAGAGAGAGACCUUAAAAAGGGAGAGGGACAGGGAGAGAGAAAGAAUAGAAAAAUAAAGUAGGGGGAGUGUGCAGUUGACUUGAGAGAGAGGGAAAGGGAGAAAGGGCGAGAGAGAGAGAGAGAAAGAGAGAGAGAGAGAGAGAGACCAGCCGCCGGCCCAUUUAGGAAAGAUGGCUACAGUCACUGCAAACGGAGUGCAGCAAGAGAAUGGAUUCAGCACCACGAACAGCGCCGCCAGGAUGAACGGGCUCACAAUCGGUCAGAACACCAUUCCAAUGAAGGACCACGACGCCAUCAAGCUGUUUAUCGGACAGAUUCCCAGAAACCUGGAGGAGAAAGAUCUGAAGCCCCUUUUUGAGGAAUUCGGAAAGAUAUACGAACUCACUGUGCUGAAAGACAGGUUUACGGGAAUGCAUAAAGGAUGUGCCUUUCUAACGUACUGCGCCAGAGAGUCAGCACUGAAGGCCCAGAGCGCCCUCCAUGAACAGAAGACUCUGCCAGGGAUGAACCGGCCCAUCCAGGUGAAGCCAGCCGACAGCGAAGGACGAGGAGAAGACAGGAAGCUGUUUGUGGGGAUGCUUGGGAAGCAGCAGAGCGAGGAGGACGUCCGGCGGCUCUUUGAGACCUUCGGCCAGAUCGAGGAGUGCACCGUCCUGAGAGGGCCUGAUGGGGCCAGUAAGGGCUGUGCCUUUGUCAAGUUCUCCAGCCACGCAGAAGCACAGGCGGCCAUCAACAGCCUGCACGGCGGACAGACCAUGCCAGGGGCGUCCUCCAGCCUGGUGGUGAAGUUUGCCGACACGGACAAGGAGCGGACCCUGCGUAGGAUGCAUCAGAUGGCGGGCCAGCUCGGCAUCUUCAGCCCCAUGACCAUCCAGUUUGGGGCCUAUGGCGCCUACUCUCACGCUGUAAGUCUCGGCUCCACGGGGGAGGAGACGCAGAUGAUGCAACAGCAAGCAGCGCUAAUGGCGGCGACCCAGAACUCGUAUCUGAACCCCAUGGCAGCCAUCGCUGCGGCACAAAUGCAGCAAAUGGCAGCUUUCAACGUCAACGGUCUGGUGGCUGCCCCAAUGACACCCUCCUCAGGCACCAGCACGCCACCGGGUAUCAAUGCCACGGCCGUGCCCAGCCUAGCAGCACCCAUGGGGGUCAAUGGGUUCGCAUCCCUCCCGCCCCAGACCAACGGUCAGCCUAACAAUGAGCCAAUCUACACCAAUGGGAUCCACCCCUACCCAGGUGAGACAGCCAAUGGGAUUCACCUCUACUCAGCACAGAGUCCUACAGUGACUGACCCUCUCCAGCAGGCUUACGCCGGUGUGCAGCACUACGCAGCAGCCUACCCUGCCGCCUAUGCACCAAUCAGUCAAGCGUUCCCCCAGCAACCCACCAUCAUCCCCCAGCAACAGAGAGAAGGGCCGGAAGGCUGCAACCUGUUUAUUUACCAUCUGCCCCAGGAGUUUGGAGACGCAGAAUUAAUGCAAAUGUUCCUGCCUUUCGGCAACGUCAUCUCCGCCAAAGUCUUCGUGGACCGGGCGACCAAUCAAAGCAAGUGUUUUGGCUUUGUGAGCUUCGAUAACCCGUCCAGUGCCCAGGCGGCUAUCCAGGCCAUGAAUGGUUUUCAGAUAGGCAUGAAGCGGCUGAAGGUGCAGCUGAAGCGGCCAAAGGAUGCCAACCGACCUUACUGACCCCUUUGCCGUCCACAUCCAGGAUGAAGGGCCACAACACCUUAUUUCCACAAGUGCAGUAUAAAGUACAAAGACUUCUUGCUCUGCUACAUAUCAUGAAAGAAGGGUGGUCCCUUGAUUCUGCUGGAAGAAUACCUGGAGAAGAUUGGGUGACUGAGGAGGAGAAGGAACCCGGAGAUUAUUUUUUUUAUUUUUUUUUUAGCAAAUGCCUCUUUUCCCUGUUUUGCUUUGGCGUCUGUGGAAGAGGAUUUUUUGCAGAGACCAACUUUUUGCUGCUGUUUUUUAAACAAGAUGGAAAACCUUUAUAGACACAUUAUGCUCAAAGCAUGCAAACUGACACCGAUAUAUAUAGACAUGAACACACUCUUACCAAACACACAUGCAUACAUACAGGCCAACACACACACACAC